AUGGCGCCUGUAAGCUGGAGCCAAAUGAACGGCGACACGAACGGCGACAGCGCCCACAAGCGUCCCAUCCGGAUCGCUGGCGCAUCCGGCGGCGUCUACGACCGCAAACGCGCCAUCCACGACCUCGCCAAAAACGAAGACGUCGACGUAAUCACCGGCGACUGGAUGUCCGAAUGCAACAUGACCCUCCGCGGCAGCGACAAACGCGACAACCUCCUCAAAGCCACCAUGAACUCCGGCUCCACGGUCGCCAAAGGCUACGAGCCCUACUUCCUUGAUGAGCUGGACUACGCGAUGCCCUGGCUCGCGAAGAACAAGGUCAAAGUGGCGGUGAACGCAGGUGCGAGCGAUGUGCACGGGUUGGCGGAGGAGGUGAAGGGGCUGAUGCGGAAGCAUGGGGUGGAGAUGAAGGUGGGGGUUGUGGAUGGGGAUGAUGUUACGGAUGCUGUUUUGGGCCUUUAUAAGAAAGGAGAACCGUUUUACAACUUGCCUGCCAACAAGGCCAUCCAGGACUGGGGCUAUGAGCCGAUCUGUGCGCAGUGCUAUCUCGGUGGGACGGGCAUUGCUGCGUGCUUCGAGGGUGGUGCAGACAUCGUCCUCUGUGGCCGUGUUGCGGAUGCCUCGGUGACUGUGGGUGCCGCAAUGUGGUGGCAUGGCUGGAAAAGAGAAGAGUUCCAACCGCUUGCAGGUGCUCUCAUGAUCGGACACAUCAUCGAGUGCAGCACAUAUGCUACCGGCGGCUACUACUCCGGUUUCAAGGAUCUUGCUGGUAAGGACCUGGACAUGGGAUAUCCGAUCGCCGCAAUCGACCACAAAGGUGAGGCGGUCAUAACCAUGGAGCAGGGCAAAGAUGGCUUGGUCACCCCAGCUACGGUCGCAAGCCAGCUGCUGUACGAGAUCCAGGGGCCACUGUACUUCAACUCCGAUGUCACCGCAUCCAUCGAGGACAUGCACCUGAAAGUCGUCGGAGAGAAUGCGGUGCACGUGAGUGGAGUCAAAGGACUGCCUCCACCACCAACAACAAAAGUCGGCAUCACGGCCAAGGGAGGCUGGCAAGCCGAGUUUCACUUCUACCUCACAGGCCUGGACAUCGAGGAGAAGGCCAAGAUGAUCGAACGGCAGACACGAGCGCAGAUGGGAGAGCACGUGAAAAAGUUCUCCUGCCUCAAGUUCAUGAUCGCUGGCGCCGUGCCGGAAGAUCCGCAAUCGCAGGAAGAAGCUACUGUUGAUCUCAGAAUCUUCGCUCAGACGCGAGACCCAGGUGUGCUGUCCGGGAACAACUUCGUGGAUAGCGACAGAGGCUCCUUUGCCCGCUUCUGCAUCGAGAAUCUCCUGCAGAGCUAUCCUGGCGGAACCAUGGCUCCAGACAUGCGGACUGCUAUUGGCCGGCCGUUCUUUGAGUAUUGGGUGAGCUUGAUGCCGCAGAGCUUCGUGAAAGAGACGGCGCAUCUUCCGGACGGUACAGUCAUCGAGGUCCCAAACCCAGCAACCACACAAGAGUAUCCGCGAGAGCAGAUCAGCUACGAUACCAAGGACCCAGUCGAUUUGAGCUCCUUCGGUCCCACGACACGGGCACCAAUCGGCUACGUGGCGAUGGGACGUUCAGGCGACAAGAGCUCAAACUGCAACUUAGGUCUCUUCGUACGUAAUGACGACGAGUGGGAUUGGUUCCGUACCAUGCUGUCGACCGGCAAGUUGCGAGAGCUGCUCGGCACGGACGAUGUCGGGGGCCAAAUCGACCGGUGCGAGUUCCCGAACAUUCGCGCCGUCCACUUCUUGCUGAAAGACCAUCUCGAUCGCGGGUUCAACUCGACUUCCAGCUUCGACAGCUUGGGCAAGAACGCUUGCGAGUACAUCCGGUCGAGGUAUAUUGAUAUUCCGAAUAAGUUCCUGGAAAGGGGCAGGAUAUAG